GGUACUCUGAUAUGGAUGUUGUGUUGUACCCCCUAGCAGGCCUGCCGGGAGUCGGUCCUUCAUAUUAAUGUUCUUGAGUAACAAUAAUACAUUCGACACACUUCAUUACCUAAAACAUUUUAUUGUCGACCCGUCUCCUCCGUUCCCUCCUCGGUCCGGGGCUGUUCACUUGUAUGCAUAGCUCGGAGAUAUACAAAGAACGACGCGGGGAGUGUCUCAUGAGGUCCUCAGUGAACAGUACGAUACCUUCAAUGGUUUCAGUGUGUUAAUCAUUCAUUAUCUUAACUUUCUGAGUACGCAAAAAUCUCCCGGUCCCCGCGCUGGUCCGUCCAUGAGAUUCUCUACUGAUUCCUCAUCCUUCACUUCUCAGUCUCUUACGACUAAUUUUCUCGUUGUUUUUGGGGCCUUUAUUAUAAUACUGUCAUAUUUACUAUAGCCGUCCAAAUCCACCAGGCCCAGAUGGCACACACACCUUGGAUCUCAGAUACCUCGGGCCCUGGUACUCGUGUCUGAGGGAUCAUCGUGGAUGACGUUUUUCUUCUUUUAACAGUCGCUGGUGAAUUAUUGUUUUAAACAUCGCCAGUGAGACCAGUUAAGACGCCGGGCGGAGCGAGGACAUACUGAUGAUGACGAGGGACGUUGGUGUGUAGUGGAAGACAUCCAGCUGCCGGCUACCGUUGUUUUGCUUAGAUUCAUAAAGUACAACAUCAGGAGAAAGGUGUCGGAACUAAUCCAUAUUAUAAUUUAUUGUAUAGAGACACAUCAUCAUCGAGGUCAAUAAAUAUCCGGCCUCCGAGGGGGGGGGGGUGGUAAUAAUGUCCUAUAUACAUUUAUAGUAUAUAACGGUCGCGGGCCGUAUGUGCGUGUCAGUGUAAAUUGUAAACUAUUCUAUGGAGGUGGAAAUAUGAGACAGAUUUAAUAUUAGCACACGUGUAUCGGAGAGAGCGCGGUGCAGCAUGCGCCGGGCGGCCUGUGGGGGUCAUGGAGGGUUGUGUGGAGUCGAGCUCGGGUCGGGCCGGUCCGGGCAGCGCGCGCGGGGGGCUCUUUCAGUCGGGCGGAAGCGGCCGUCGGGGACGUUACAGGAUGGUCAACACCAGCUGCGCCGUGUUCCAGUGUGACUCCACGUCAUUCCGACACAGGGGAGUCAGGUUCCACCAGUUCCCGAGGGAUGAGAGGGCGCUGGUGUGGCUGGCGGCCUGCAGGCGGCCGGAGCUGCAGGGCAAGGACGUGGACCAGCUGAAGAACUUGCACAUCUGCAGCCUGCACUUCGAGGAGUGGAUGUACGGGAAGCAGCUGCUUAAGAAGACGGCCGUCCCCACGCUGAACCUGCCCUCAUCGGAGACCAGCGACCGCGGCACGCAGACGGAGGUGUCGGCGCCGGUGACGCUGCACGUGGCCACCAGCCAGGGGGUGCAGACCGACGACGAGCUGAUCAUGGCGCUCACUAGGGCGGCCAUGAUGAGGGAGCUGGCCAAGAUCCCAAGCGUCGGGCAGGCUCGCAAGAGGUUCUUCCGGGUGUACGGCACGGAUCGCAGGGCGCGCCUCAAGAUAGGAGUGAACUCCUCCAUCAGCGUGGGCCAGUUUCUCCAGAGCUGCGACGCCUUCCUUCCGGACGCCGUCAGCGCCUUCGUCAAAGCGCACGUGGUGUGAGGCCGCCGAGGACACUUCCGUUCUUCGAAGAGCUUAUCAUUUUUGUAUACUAACUAUGCUCGUAAUUCUACUAAGUCUUCUAAGUCGUUGGGGCCGAGGUGCGGAUCGCUCACUACAGGGUAAACUCGACCGAGAUAUUCUUUAAGUUUCGGUGGUUUAAGCCUAGGUUAGGUCAGGGUGGUCGAUUCUUUGAGAGACUUGUUCCAAAUUGUUGCUAAAUUUUUUGUGACUGUUUUCUAAUUUUACGAUCGUAUUUAGAUAGAAUAAUUAAUGUACUAGUUAAAUGAAAUCUUUUAAGAAAAUAAAUGUGGAGUCGUUGUGA